UUAUUAUUGACUCCUCCCAUUUUUGUGCCGGGGCCGGCCACGUGACUCCAGGGUCACGCUUCCUCUCCCGGUGUUGCGGCGGGCAGCCUUGUCCUCUGCUGUUCUCGUCAUUUACCGUAGUUUUACCGGCGGACAGGUGUCACAUCUCUGCCCCCAUGGAGCCGGUGAAGUUAUCUCGUCUGCUGUGUCGGGCCAAGGCGUUGCUUUCUUGUCGGGGCUUAAGUUCAAGCGUCCGUCCUAAUCAAAGGGCCACAGCCAGGACGGAGGAGUUCAGAGCCCGGGUGGCUGCGGGGCCACACCUUAAAGAGUUUGUCAGCCCCGCCUCAGAAGGUCCUGUCCCUUCAUCUGUAGAGGAGGAGGAGGACGCACCUCACUAUAUCACAGACAGUCCGACCCCGACCUAUAACAAAGUUUACUUUGAGACCUAUGGAUGUCAGAUGAAUGUCAGCGAUACAGAAAUAGCCUGGUCCAUAUUACAGAAGAGCGGAUAUGUCCGCAGUCAGUCGGCUGCUGAGGCAGAUGUCAUCCUCCUGGUGACUUGUUCUAUCAGAGAGAAGGCAGAACAGACCAUUUGGAACCGUCUGAAGCAACUUGGCUACGUGAAGCGGAAGCGGCACAAAUCCCAAGGUCCCCUGAGGAUCGGUAUAUUGGGGUGUAUGGCGGAGAGGUUAAAAGAGGAGAUCCUACAGAGGGAGAAGAUGGUGGACAUAUUGGCCGGCCCGGAUGCCUAUCGUGACCUGCCGAGACUUCUUUCUGUAGCCGAGACUGGUCAACAAGCUGCCAACGUGCUUCUCUCCUUAGACGAGACCUACGCGGAUGUCAUGCCGGUGCAGAUGUCUUCCAGCAGUGUCUCAUCCUUUGUCUCCAUCAUGCGCGGUUGUAAUAACAUGUGCACCUACUGCAUCGUUCCGUUCACACGCGGGAGGGAGAGGAGCCGGCCGGUACACUCCAUUUUAGAGGAAGUCCGAAUGCUGUCCAGCCAGGGGGUUAAGGAGGUGACCUUACUUGGUCAGAAUGUCAAUAGUUACCUUGACACGUCUUCGGUUGACUUUCCUUCCACCAAUACCUUACACCUCAGCCGCGGCUUCAGCACAAUCUACAAACCAAGACAAGGGGGGCUCCGAUUCGUGGACCUCCUGGAUCAGGUUUCCAGAAUAGACCCGGAAAUGAGAAUCCGCUUUACAUCUCCACAUCCGAAGGAUUUUCCUGAUGAGGUUCUCCAGUUAAUACGAGGACGGCAGAACAUCUGCAAACAAAUCCACAUUCCGGCUCAGAGUGGAAGUAAUGGAGUUCUAGAAUCCAUGAGGCGAGGUUACACAAGAGAAGCUUACUUGGAUCUUGUGCAAAAUAUCAGAGAACACAUCCCAGGUGUUAGUCUCAGCAGUGAUUUUAUAACCGGCUUCUGCCAAGAAACAGAGGAGGACCACCAGCAGACUUUGGCGCUCUUACGUGACGUAUCGUACAACGCCGCUUUCCUGUUUGCCUACAGCAUGAGGAAGAAAACAAAAGCCUUUCAUCGUCUGAAUGAUGACGUCCCACCUGAAGUGAAGAAAAGACGACUGGAGGAACUUAUCGCUGUCUUCAGGGAAGAGGCAGAGAAAGUCAAUCAGAGAGCGGUGGGAAGCACACAACUUGUCCUUGUGGAAGGGACUAGUAAGCGCUCAUCCUCAGAACUAUGUGGAAGGAAUGAUGGAAACACCAAAGUGGUUUUCCCCGAUCUCCCAGUUGCAAAUGAUUUAUUAUUAGGGAAUGAUAUCCGAGCGAGACCGGGGGACUAUGUGUUAGUGAAGAUUAUUUCUUCUAACUCACAAAGCUUAAGGGGAACACUUCUGGGUCCUGCCCGCCUGCAGUCAUCACCGGCCUAUUCCUGACUGUAGGGAUCCGACACCAUAGGAUUUUGCAUCUCUUUGUCCUCUUCUUAUAAGCUGUUCUGAAUUGUUCUUCAGCGUAUAUUAAAACCAUGCCAUACUUUAUAA